AUAGAUUGUCAGUAAAUGCGUCCUUAAUAUUUUGUGAUACCUAAUUGUAUAAAUAAAAAUGUCUUUUAAUGAACGCCCCACCACAUCGAAGGAUACUUCAUUUGACUCUUUCUAUACGGAGGUUAAAGAAAUAGAAAAACGCGAUUCUGUUCUAACCUCUUCUCAACAAAUUGAUCGUUUACUUCGUCCAGGUUCAACAUACUUCAAUCUCAAUCCAUUCGAGGUGCUACAGAUAGAGCCUGGUGCUACUGUUGAAGAAAUAAAGAAACGUUACCGCACACUCUCCAUACUGGUACAUCCGGAUAAGAUUCAGGAUAAUAAAGAUCGUGCCCAGACUGCUUUUGACAUUGUAAAUCGAGCUUGGAAGACACUGGAAAAUGAUGUCACGCGAAAAAAAUGCCUCGAUGUUUACGAGGAAGCGAAAGAAAGAACGGAUCACAUGAUUGCAGAGAAAAGAAAGAAGCUUCGAAAAGAGAGCAAAGGUUUUGAAAACAUCCCUGAAGAUGAUCCUGAUAAAUAUAAACAUGCCAUAUAUGUGAUGGUUAUGAAAUUGUUUGCUGAUAUGGAACGGCGUCGGCAACAAUUGGAUCAACGAGAUCAAGAAGAGCGCAAACGUAAACGAGAAACCGAAAUUGAGGAGGAAGAAAAAAGAAAAGCUGAUUUAGAAUGGCAGAAGAACUUUGAAGAGUCGCGCCAAAGUCGUGUAAAUAGUUGGCAUGAUUUUCAGUCCGGUGCCAGCAAAUCUAAGAAAUCAAAAAAACAAAAGCGUAUGCAUGGAAUGAUUGUUCCUCCCAAGUUUAAGCCUGAAUCACGAUAAGCGCAUAUGCAAAUGCAUAUCUAUAGCAACAAACUUUAUAUCAUUAUUUUUUAUACUUCAAAUUAAGUUCAUAAAUCAAAUAACACGGAUUCCAUGUGUAAAGGCUGAAAAUAUGUUAAAUAUAACAUGCCUUUAAAUGAGAAAUAAGUAUUCGGAGUUCGGUUAAGUUGUCAUUUAGUUGCCGCUCAUUAUAAAUAUGUAAUUAAAAAUAAUAAAAUUGACAUUAUUACAUUUUGUAAAAUACAGC